AUGCAGCACAAGCAGCUGCCCUACCCGCUCCUAGCAGCGUCUAUGACAUGGCAGCAGCAGCAGCAAAACUCACCAGCAGCAACUCUGCAGCAGCGACCGCCAGGCUGCUGCGGGCGCAAGACAGAAGAGCUGCUGCAUCUAAGCAAGGAGCUGCAGCAGGUACCUGAGGGAGCAGCAGACAGCCCGCAGCAGCAGCAGCAGCAGCAGCAGCGGCGGCUGCUGCUGAAUCUCGUGCUGCUGGAGCUGAGAGACAGAAGACACUCAGACUCGCUGCUUAAAGCUGUUGACAAACUCACAGCCAACAGCAGCAGCAGCAGCAGCAGCAGCAGCAGCAGCAGCAGCAGCAGCAGCAGCAGCGGGAACAGCAACAACAUUGUCGCAGACAAUCGCACCCACAGCAGCAACAGCCUGAGUAUCAGCAGCAGCUGCAGCAACACCAACAGCAACAGGAGCACCAAUCAAAGCAACAGCAGCAACAGCAGCAACAGCAGCAGCAGCAGCAGCAGCAGCAGCAGCAGGGAAAUCCCUGCAGCAGCAGCUGCUGCUGCUCUCUCAAAUACUGAGCCGCUCAGUUCAUCGCAGCGUACAUCCAUCAGCUCCUCUAGGCAGGGUACAAAGGUCCCGCGGUGGUCGCGGCUGGUUGGGGGCCCGCUGUCUGCUGCGCGGCUGAGCAGAGAGGAGCAGCUGCUGCGGCCCCUGUUGAGUGACCGCCACAAGCAGCAGCAGCAGCAGCAGCAGCAGCAGCAGCAGCAGCAGCGGCAGCAGCGGCAGCGUGCGCCACGACAGCAGCAGCAGCAGCAGCAACAACGCCAAAAGAAGCAACGAAACAACAGCAGAAGCAGCACAAAGAGAAACUGCAGCAACAGGGAUUCUCUAUCAUCAAGACAACGCAGCAGCAGCAGCAGCAGCAGCAGCAGCAGCAGCAGAUAUGCUGCAGGCAGCGGCGUGACGGGGUUCUUUCUUCCUCGUCUCCCUUUUCGGUAUCCUUCGGCCCCCCUAGACAGUAAACCCCAAACCACCACAGCUCUUCUCUCUACAGUUACAAGAGCUGCAACGAUCGAGGAGAUUCCGAAGGCAACAGAACCAUCGGCGUGGCGGUCUUCUGUUGAGGGGUCAACGGGAACAGCAUCCCCCGUCUCUGUUCUUUUAUCAUCUCCUGGGCGUAGAGUCAUCGGCAGCAGCAGCAGCAGCAGCAGCAGCUGCAGCAGCAACAGCGGCGCCUCCAGCAGCAGAGACGCCUUCAGCAGCAGCACGGGGCCCCCAAGCAGCAGCAGCAAGGGGGCACGCAGCAGCAGCAAGGGGGCCCCCAGCAGCAGCAAGGGGGCCCCCAGCAGCAGCAAGGGGGCCCCCAGCAGCAGCAAGGAGCCCUUUCAGAGGCCCUCCACCAGCCGCCUCACAAAGGGUGUAAGAAGGAACAGCAGCAGCAGCAGCAGCAGCAGCUGCAGCAGCUGCAGCAGCUGCAGCAGCAGCAGCAAUCUGACACCGAACGCCUCCUGCGGCCUGCGUUACAGUUCAGAGCAGCGGCAGCAGCAGCAGCAGCGGCAGCGGCUGCAGCAGCAGCAGCAGCAGCAGCAGCAGCAGCGCUCUCCUUCUUGCCAAAUGCUGCCUCACCGCAGGCAUCAACUGUCACGCGACCUGCAGCAGCAGCAGCAGCAGCAGCAGCAGCAGCAGCAGCAGCAGCGGUCGUCUCUGUCGCUGAGCUCUCCUCGUCGUUCUUCUUGUCUGCGAUCAUCUAUAAGCUGCAGCAGCUGCAGCAGCAGCAGCAGCAGCAGCAGCAGUUUGUCUACUCCCUCAGCAGCAGCUGCAUCUAGCUCAUCAUCAUCAUCAUCAUCAGCAGCAGCAGCAGCAGCAGGAGCAGCAGCAGGGCCAUCAUCCCGUCUCUCCCCAUCCCCCUCUAACCCCACCGCCCCUGCAGCAGCAACAGCAGCAACAGCAGCAGCAGCAGCAGCAGCAGCAGCAGGAUAUAAACCAAAGAGCUGCCGCUCUUCGCAUGCAUCUAUACGCUCCUGCGCCAAGUCUCUGAUUAGCUCUAUAGAGAAGGUUGUAAGGGGUUUGAGUCUAGAGCUGCCGGUGCCUGAGGCUGAAGCAGCAGCAGCAGGAGAGUUUUGUGCUGCUGCUGCUGCUGCUGCUGCUCCUGCUCCUGUUGGUAGUCCUGCUGCUGCUGCUGCUGCUUCUUAUACUCCUGCUGCAGCAACUCGUGCUGCUGCUGCAGCAAGAGCAGCAAAAACAAGAAAAACAACAGCAGCAUUUAGGGCCCAUCAACAGAUACACAGCCGAGGUCUGCUGCAGCAGCAAACAGGAGCAGCAGCAGCAGCAGCUGCUGCUGCUGCUGCUGCAGCAAAAGAUGCUGAAGCAGAAGCUGCUGCUGCUGCUGCUGUUGCUGCUUAUAUCGAUGAUGAUGAGAGGCAUUCUAUAGAAAGAGUGUACGCGCUGCUGCAGGGGGGGCCCCCAGGGGGGCCCCCAGGGGGGCCCCCAGGGGGCCCCCCCCGGCUGCCCCCAGGAACGCCAGCUAUAGCAGCAGCAGCAGCAGCAUCAAUAGAUGCUGCAGCAGCAGCAGCAACUGCAGGAGCUGCUGUACAACCAGCAACAUCAACUGCUGCAGCAGCAGCAGCAGCAACUGCUGCUGCUGCGAAUUCUAGUAGCUGCUCAUCUGCAGCUGGCGGCCAGCCAAAUCAGCAGCAGCAACAGCAGCAGCAGCAGCAGCAGCAGCAGCAGCAGCGGCGGAGGGUUCAGAGAAGCCCGAGGCGACGAAAGCUAACAAAGCGGCGGCCCCACACAGCUGGCUCUUUGCGCCUGGCCACAGCAGCAGCAGCAGCAGCAACAGCAGCAGCAGCAGCAGCAAGGCCACCAGCAGCAGCAGCAGCAGCAAGCCCACCGGCAGCAGCAGCAGUAACAGCAGCAGCAGCAGCAGCAGCAGCAGCGGGUGUAGGCCACAACAAAGCCCCAACGAAGGAUACUAAUACUCCUCUCUUUUCUCCUGCUGUUGCUGCUGCUGCGUUUGCAGGGCAUGCAGCAGCAAAGUCAAGUGCAGCAGCAGCAGCAGCAGCAGCAGCACCUGCUGCUGCUGCAGCAGCUUCUGCUGGUGAGCAGCACGCAAAGGCAGCGACUACCGUUGCAGCAGCAGCAGCAGCAGCAGCACAUGCUGCCAAGGAAGGGGUAACGGCUGCAGCAGCAACAACAUCAGCAAAACCAGCUGAGGCAGCAGCAGCAGCAGCAGCAGCAGCAGCAACAGCUAGUGAAGGCCCCCCCUUUGUCUAUCGAGAGGAACCCUCAAAAAUAAGAAUCAACGAACAGCAGCAGCAGCAGCAUCUACAGCAGCAAACGCAGCAGCAGCAACAGUAUCUGCAGCAGCAAACAAGCAGCAUCUACAGCAGCAAACGCAGCAGCAGCAACAGUAUCUGCAGCAGCAAACACAGCAGCAGCAGGUUUUUGAUUGUGCUGCUGCUGCUGCUGCCAGCAGCAUCUGCAGCAGCAAGCACAGCAGCAGCAACAGUAUCUGCAGCAGCAAACACAGCAGCAGCAGGUUUUUGA